UCCGCCGAUAACCCGGCCCCUUCCCUCUCUCCCACGCAGAUCUUUAGGGCAAGCUUCGUGGAGGAUCAGCGUAGCAAGAGCACGAGCAGCAUGCGCCGCGGAACGCAUGCAAAGCACAUGCGUGCCACAUAUGGCUGGCCCAACUUUGACGAUCGUGCCUUUUUUCUGCCAAGUGUGCCGAGCUAGCUUGAACAUUAGCUACCUUGAGCUGGCCAUCAUCCGAGCUGUUUCUUUACAGAAAAUGCCUGUUCGGUACGACCACACCGAGGUCGAGGUACUGAAAUCGCUAGAGGAGACGAGGCCGAUGCCAGGCCAGUCUUGACGGCGGGAAUUGAGCUGGGUCAGGCCCCUGCCUUGAACCUGACAAGCAUUGCUAGACCCCGCAGGCUGCAGGACCUGUAGUGUAUCCGU